AUGUCAGAUAGUAGUGAUGAUGAAAUAACUUUAUCAAAAGAAUCAUUAAGUGCAUUACAAGAUUUUUAUAAAUCAAGAGAAGUUGAACAACAAGAUAAAUUUGAAAUUAGUGAAGAUUGGCAAUUAUCACAAUUUUGGUAUGAAGAAGAAACUUCAAAAUUCGUUGCAAAUGUAAUUGAACAAGAAACUAUUGGUGGUAAUGUCGUAGUUUGUUUAUCAACUCCUUCAAUUUAUAAAGUUUUACAUAAAAAUAAUAAUUUAUUAUUAAAUAAUAAUUUAUUUGAAUAUGAUAAAAGAUUUGAUGUAUAUGGUGAAAAAUUCCAUUUUUAUGAUUAUAAUAAUCCAGAAGAUGGUAUUUCAGAACAAUUAAAAGGAAAUGUUGAUUAUAUUUGUUUAGAUCCACCAUUUUUAAGUGAAGAAUGUAUUGAAAAGGUUGCAAAAACAAUUGCAUUAUUAAGAAAACCAACAACUCGUUUAUUAUUAUUAACUGGUCGUAUUCAAUGGAAUAAUAUUCAAAAAUAUUUACCAGAAAUGAUGAUUUGUGAAUUUGAACCAAAACAUCCAAGAUUACAAAAUGAUUUCUUUUGUUGUUCAAAUUAUCAUUCAAAAUUACUUGGUUUAGAAAAUAAAAAAUAA